CAUGUUACAACAGUGUUUAAACACAGCUCGCAGGCGCUGCUCCAGCUGCAUGAGGUGCAUGAGUGCAUGCAGCAGGGGAGCCAUCGUUUCCAUUCGCGCUCAGUGUCGUCUAGGGUUUUGCCCUUGUGUGCGCAUCCAAGCGCCUCUUCAUCUCGGUGUCAUCGCAUCGUGAGGUUCGCGGAAAAUUGUGCAUGAAAUACAACUGCUGUGUUGGUUCCCUUCUCCAGGACCAUGCAACAUAUCUAGGGUUUUUCAUCGCCAGGUGCUAGCACCGAGUCUCACAAUUGGCUUCGUCUGCUGGUGGAAUUUGAGAAGCUUCAACGUUGAAUUCGUAUGUAAGGACGUGAAGGAUAUGAUGAGAGAAGGAGCGUAGAGUGGAGAGUAUUAUCAGCUCCGAGUGACCAGGUUAUGGAGCGAAAGUUUCGGAUACGGAAGACGGGAGGGAAAGUACCGAUUGCAUCAUGGAGGCGGCGCACUCCCUGCUAUACACCACCCAAGAAAGUCCUCUCUAUGAGCAGCGACAACGUGGACUUAAGGUCGCCGCCCGAUGCAAUGAUGUGCUCAAGAUGCGGUGAUGACCCGCUCUUGGUCAUGGCCUCUUCAACUGGAUACUCGACUGAUGCUUUCGACCGUGACGAGGAGCGAUUUAUCAAGGACCUACAGAAGCCGAAAACGCCACGAAAGAAUAUGAUCAACAAUACCUCAGAGCAGGAGAAUCUGUCGGCUGGCACCAGAGGUGACACGUUUGUGUUCCAGAAGCGUCAUGCAAGAAUUGACUGGCGCACUUUGCACACCAUUGACGUCAAUCGCGUAAUUCGUGAAGUUGACAUCGACACGUUGGAGAUGGUCCUGGACACUAUCGCAUUUAGCGACAUUCGGGGAGAGGAUGUACGCAAUUUCACGGAAGCUAACUUCGUCAAGAUCUUCCGCCUUGCACAAUUAAUGGUAGAAUAUCUGCUCCAUGUUCAAGAGUUGUUGGCGGAACAUAAAAGUGAGCUUCUUCGGGCUGGGGCAAACAUGCAACAGAAACACGAAAAGAUUCGACAACGUUUCUUGUGGCAAAAGCAUGUCCUGUUGAAAACUCGAAACGAAUUGAAAAAAGUCAAGAAGAGUUUGAAAAUGAGUGAAAUUAUGCUGGAAGUUCAGAGAAAGUCUCAGGACUCUAAGCUUAGCCAGCCUCAAGUACGGCAUUGUCCAUUAUGUGAGAAGAUAUUUGAAUCCUCUCACUACCUUGAUAUGCACGUUGCAAGGAGACAUCCAAAGCCCCAAGAGGUGACCGAAGAGAAGAUUUUGGCUAUGAUUUCCAAGGCUGAAGAGAUGAAGGCAGAGACAAACUUAGCUGUACAUACAGAAAUCUUAGAACUUCGUGAGAGAUACCAGGCAGAUUUGCAAAAAGCAGCAACUACUUCCAAUUUACAGGUUCAGUCAUUGCAAGCAGAAUUAAGGGAAAGUAACAAUCAACUGCAUGAAGUUCAAACCCGACUUGAGGUUCUUCAAGCGCAAAUACUUUCUCCACCUCACAACGCUCGACUUGGAAAUCACUAUUCUGUGACAAAAUCGAAGGACAAAGAUAAUAUUCCUGACCAAGAGAAAAUAUAUGAUUCAGAAGGCAAAUUUAUGGGGUUGGAGCACCAAUUAGAAACCCUGGGUCAGGAGAAUUCAAGGCUACUGGAGGAGCUAAAUGUGGCAUACGCUAAAAUUUCUGCAAUACAAUCGACAAAACAGCAGAGUGACUACACAUUGAAGACUCAGGCAAUGCUCAUGUCAAGAAUUGUUUUGGAAAUCCUAAGGGCCGUCGCAACCAGUGGAUGAUCGGCAUUAUGCUGAACGGACCAGAUCACUAAAUCUUGCAAUUGAUUCUUAUAAUAUUCUGUGGACAUGAUAUUUUUCCACUAAGUUGUAUAACUGUGUGGCACAGCUGAGUUGGAUCUUUCUGUCUUUAACACUUGAUUGUUCAAUUGAUUGAAAGUUGAAGUCUAUUAAUUCCUUUUCAAAA